AUGCGCCUCCUCGCAACCCUCGCCCUCGCGGCGACAUCAGCAUCCGCCGCCUCCCUGACCCUCUCGAUCCCCUCCUCCCAAGCCCUCCCGAACCCCUACACCCUCCCGCCGUCGACCCACGCGACGCUCUCCUCCCUCGGCGCCACCUUCUCCGCGCCCCUCUCCGUAAAAAACACGUUCGUCUUCCACAACCUCACCGGCGGCGGCGGCAGCGCGGGCUCCUCCUACCUCGUCGACAUCCACUGCGCGACCCACGCCUUCGCGCCCCUGAGACUCGAUGUCGAUGCCGAGGGCGGGUUGGCGGCGUGGGAGACGUACCGCGGUAACGAUUGGGAUAACAAGGGCGAGGCGUACGCGGCCAAGGAGUUCGAGGGCGGCGCGAAGGGGUUUGAGGUCAGGGUGUUGGGGCAGAAGAAUUAUUUUGUGGAGAGGAGCAAGUUGUCGGGUUUGUUUGGUGUCUACGGCGAGGAAGCCGAGCUCCCAGAGCUGUCGGCACUUUUCACGACGCGCACCUCUUUCCCGAGAUACCGAAACGAUCGGGGAGCACAGAAAAACGCUGACAACCCAAACCUCGCAGUCUCCAUCCUCACCAUCCUCAAGAACCCCAUGAUCCUCCUCGGCCUCAUCAGCAUGGGCAUCUUCCUCGGCAUGCCCUACCUCAUGGACAACAUGGACCCCGAAAUGCGCGCCGAGUUCGAAGAACGCCAAAAGAGCAACCCGAUGAACUCCCUCCUCGGCGGCGGCGGCGGGGGCGGCGACGCGAACCCCAUGGCCAACUUUGACAUGGCGGGCUUCCUCGCCGGCACCGGCAGCAGCAGCAAGAAGGAAGAGUCUUCCGGUUCUGGUGCCUCGAGUGUUGGGGCUGGUGGGAAGAAGGAGAAGGGCGUGCGGAGGUAA